CCCGGCGGCGCGGCCAUGGCCUGGCGGCGGCCGGAAGCCCGCGUGCGGAGCGGCGGCGCGCUGGCGCUGCUGGCCUUGGCGCUGUGCGCGCCGGCGGCCCGGGGCCGGGCGCUCGAGUGGUACUCGGCCCUGGUGAGCACGGCCUACGUGGACCCGCAGACCAACCUGACCGUGCGCAGCGUCUCGGAGAGCGGCCGCUUCGGCGACAGCUCGCCCAGGGAGGGCGCGCAGGGCCUGCUGGGCCUCCCGGACGGCCACCCCGAGGGCUGCGACCCCGACACCCGCUUCCACGUGCCCGCGCCCGGCGGCCGGGCUGCCGCGCCCUGGGUCGCCCUGGUGGCGCGCGGGGGCUGCAUCUUCAAGGACAAGGUCUUGGUGGCGGCGCGGAGGAACGCCUCGGCGGUGGUGGUCUACAACGAGGAGCGCUACGGCAACCUCACUGCGGCCAUGUCCCACGCGGAUGGACAUCCAGUUUUGCCAGCAGCAUUUGUUAAAAAGACUGUCUUUUCCCCAUUUGAUGGACUUUGGGCCCUUGUCGAAGAUCAGGUGACCAGAGGGACAGGGAAUAUAGUGGUAAUUAUGGUUAGCUACCCAGAAGGAAGAGGACUUCGGGAACUGGUGCAGAAGGGAAUUCCAGUAAAGAUGACAAUAGGGAUUGGCACCCGCCACGUGCAGGAGCUCAUCAGUGGUCAGUCGGUGGUGUUUGUGGCCAUCGCCUUCAUCACCAUGAUGGUCAUCUCCUUAGCCUGGCUGAUAUUUUAUUACAUACAGCGCUUCCUGUAUACUGGCUCACAGUUCAGAAGUCAGAGCCAUAGAAAAGAAACCAAGAAAGUUAUUGGCCAGCUUCCAGUUCAUACCGUAAAGCGUGGAGAAAAGGGAAUUGAUGUUGAUGCGGAAAAUUGUGCCGUGUGUAUUGAAAACUUUAAGGCGAAGGACGUUGUCAGAAUUCUGCCAUGCAAGCAUAUUUUUCAUAGAACAUGCAUUGACCCAUGGCUUUUGGAUCACCGAACUUGUCCAAUGUGUAAACUUGAUGUCAUCAAAGCCCUGGGAUAUUGGGCAGAGCCUGAAGACACGCAGGAGACGCCCGCUCCAGGAUCUACCCCCGGCAGCGUUUCGGCCGCAAACUCGAGCGUCGCCGCCCCAGACGAAGGCAGGAGCGAGGGAAGCAGUUUUACAGCAUCUGCCACCCACGAGUCUGCGCCCCAGUGCGGUGCCGCCCUUAAAGACGACACCGGCGAAAACACAGCACUGUUGGAAACGGUCGGGAGUGACCCUCAGCGUGGAGAACCCGUCUCCUAGUGCCUGUUCGCACCGGCAGCCACCGACCCAGCUCCAGUUUGAACUAAAGGACGUUUUAUUUUUUUUUGCCUUAACGCCUUGUGUGUAUAUUUGAAAGUAAUGUACAUUCUUUUACCUUUCAGAUUCUGGCUUGAUAUACAAAAGGACUAAGAUAUCUUAUUCUUAAAUAGACUUUCUGAAUAGCCUUCAUACAUUCACCUACUAAAAUAUGUAUAAGAAGCAAUAUGUUGUUUCAGACACAGUAAUAUAAAAGACAAGUUGUGUUCCUGAAAUUUAGCACAGGUGCUGUGGUCCUGUAAAAACAAGAUCAGUUCUAUUUCUUAAGGAUUUUUUAGACUAAAGCACAUUUAUUUUUGACUAGCUUAAGUAGAGUUGUAUAAUUAAGUUUAGUAAUUGUUCAUAUGAGUGUUCCCUGGAGGAAAGACAUUUUUUGAAACUUCAAACUUGUAAACAAGGUGAGAAAUAUACACCUUCCAUGCACGUAUGAUUGCACAAAGAGAUUUCCCCAAAGCAGAGAACACUUUUCGUGUUCUCUUCUAUUGGGAAUUAUGAGAAAAGCACUAGAUGACUUUAAGAUUUGCAUUUUUCUGUUUUAUUAUCUUAUUUCUUGUGACACCUUGAUGGGGAGAGGAAUUAAUUGGUCCUUUUUUUUUUUUCCUACAAGUAGAAAAAGUUAAGAUUCCGUAUUGCACAAGAGCAUUGAGUUCUUUGUGGCCUUGUUAAGGAAAUUGAGUAGGCAGACUGAAUUUUUAAAAAUGACAUAUGUAUGAUACUGGUUCCAACUGCAAUUUAAUCUUUAAAAUGAAGGGGCGAUAAAGACUUUUGAUUUUUGUUGUUGUUGGAACAAAAUAAACAAGUAAUUUUCUGGAUUCGUUUUGAAGCAAACCUAA